CCGGGAGGGCGGGAAGGAGGGAGGGGUGCCGGCUCCGGAUGUGACGCGUCCAGCCGCCGCGCCUCCCUGGCCGCCGCCGGAUCCGACCCGGCUGGCUCGCCGCCUUCACGCGGAACCGGCCAAGCUGGAGAAGCCGGGCGGCUGCGCACCGAGGAGGAAGGCCGCCGUCGUCGCCGCCCGCCGGGAGAGACGCGCCUGGCCCGCUCCAUGCGCCCCCCUCCGCCGCGUUUGCCUGUCGGAUGCCGCCCUGGAGAGGGAAGGCGCCAUCAUGGAGAGCAAUGAUGGAGGCUGCGCUGUGGCUCCAGGUGUGCCUUUGGCUGAUCCCAGCCUGGAUCCCUUCGCUGUCGCCAAAUGGACUUGCCUACGGGGCAAAACUGCAGCUCGGGGUGGAGCCCUGUGGGGCAGCUGGUUGCCGUGGGGAGCUGAUGUGGGCGGUGCAUUUGACUGUGCCCAAGGGGACACCAUCCUCUGAGGAGGAGCUGGACUGGCGGGCGGACAAGCUAGCUAAGGAGGCCGGCCUCGUGAACAUUGGCCGGAUCGGAGAGCUGAAGGGCCACUACCUCUUUGGCUACCAGCCGGCAAGCCACGUGGAGCCUGGCCUUGAGGCCAUCCAGCAGUCAGCAGAGGAGGUGUUUGCCCAGCACGACAGUGUGCGAUGGCAUGGCCAGCAGCAGCUCCUGAAACGCUCCAAGCGCAGCCUGCGCUUUAACGACCCCAAGUUCCCCCAGCAGUGGCACCUGAACAAUCGCAAGAACCCCGGGAUGGACAUCAAUGUGACAGGCGUCUGGGAGAGGAAUGUGACUGGCCAGGGCGUGACGGUGGUGGUGGUGGACGAUGGUGUGGAGCACACCAUCAAAGACAUCCAGCCCAACUAUAGUCCCGAAGGCAGCUAUGACUUGAACUCCAAUGACCCAGACCCCAUGCCCCACCCAGACGAGGAAAAUGGCAAUCACCAUGGGACCCGGUGUGCUGGGGAAAUUGCGGCUGUCUCCAACAACAGUUUCUGUGCUGUGGGAGUUGCCUACGGCAGCCGGAUUGCAGGGAUCCGUGUGCUGGAUGGGCCGCUCACCGACAGCAUGGAGGCUGUGGCAUUCAACAAGCACUAUCAGAUCAAUGACAUCUACAGCUGUAGCUGGGGCCCAGACGAUGAUGGCAAAACUGUGGACGGCCCUCACCAGCUUGGAAAGGCUGCCCUGCAGCAUGGCGUGAUUGCCGGCCGCCGAGGCUUUGGCAGCAUUUUCGUGGUGGCCAGUGGCAACGGGGGGCAGCACAACGACAACUGCAACUACGAUGGCUAUGCCAACUCCAUCUACACCGUCACUGUCGGCGCAGUGGAUGAGAUGGGCUCCAUGCCCUUCUACGCUGAGGAGUGUGCCUCCAUGCUGGCCGUGACCUUCAGCGGGGGUGACAAGCUGAUGAGGAGCAUUGCAACCACGGACUGGGAUUUGCAGAGGGGCACGGGGUGCACAGAAGGUCACACGGGCACUUCCGCUGCCGCCCCUCUGGCCGCUGGCAUGAUCGCCCUCAUGCUCCAGGUGCGCCCCUGUCUCACCUGGCGGGACGUCCAGCACAUCAUCGUCUUCACAGCCACAAAGUAUGAAGACAACCGUGCCAGCUGGGACACCAACCAGGCUGGACUCAGCCACAGUCACCAGCACGGGUUUGGCUUGCUGAACGCUUGGAGGCUGGUCAAUGCAGCUAAGAUCUGGGAGUCUGUCCCUUACCUGGCCUCCUACGUCAGCCCCAUCUUGAAGGAGAGCAAAACCAUCCCCAUGGAGCCACAGCAGCUGGAGGUCACCUGGAAUGUCACAGACGCUGAUCUGGCCCUCUCGGGGAUGAGGACCUUGGAGCACGUGGCAGUGACGGUCACCAUCACCCACCCCCGCCGUGGCAACCUGGACAUCCGCCUCUUCUGCCCCAGCGGCAUGAAGUCCUGGAUUGGGACCCCACGGAGCCUGGACUCCGACCCCAGUGGCUUUGUGGACUGGACCUUCUCCACCGUGCGCUGCUGGGGAGAGGAGGCAACGGGCACCUACCGGCUCUUGAUCUGCGAUGUUGGCGACGAGGCGCUGGGGGCUGGAGAGCUGAAGCAGUGGCAGCUGACUCUUUAUGGAUCCUCGUGGGCCCUUCCCGAAAUCAAGGAGCGACAGAGGCUAGUUGAAGAGGCCAUGAGCGGACGUUACCUGGAUGCUGCCUUUUCCUUGCCCUGCUCACCAGGCCUGCAGAUACCCGAGCAGGAGCCCUUCACCAUCACCACCAACACCCUCAAGACCCUGAUGCUACUGGGGUGCUUUGCCCUCUUCUGGACCUUCUACUACAUGCUGGAGGUGCUUCUGACCCGCAACAGCGUGGCCUUGGACUUGGUGGCCUGCAGUGGCGCCACUGCCUGCCAGUGGUACUCAGGAGGCAAGACGGCCAAGAGCCUGGAGGAGGGGGCAGAAAUGGAGGAGACUAUCCCCCUGUAUGGGGGGAAGGAGCUGGAGCUUGAGCUGGAGGCUGAGCAGGAAGCACCCUGCCUGGGAAGGCUGGAGGAGGCAAGAGCAGGCGCAGCUCUGGGGAUCUCAAGGCCUGCGGGAGGGAGAGGCUCACUGAACCUCCUGGAGCAAGAGCAGUCUACUUCACCUGUGGCUUACUGACUGCUGACAGAGCCCUGGACCUGUGAACAGAACCAGCUCUGGCCUCCUUUGGCAACUCUUGCCCUGGGGUUGGUGCUCAGGUGGAACACCUGGCUGACAGAAGCAUCUUGGUGAAUCGUGGAGCUGCCCCCAGGCCCCUUCCUGCAUUUGGGGGCUGCUGGCCACACGCUGUUCCUCCAGUCCAGGCUCGCAGGGUGGGUUUUCCAGAGCGACUGCCAGGGGUGCCUGUGGCUGGCAGCAGCCAGGCCUUGCUGAGGGGAGGCCGGGGGUGCCCCCGCAGCCAGUGGCUGAGAACUGGGCCUGUCCCAAAGUGUGGGGCACAGAAGGACCCCGGCCCUCGCACAAGCCAGCCUUGCAGAAAGGAGCCGGUGGGAGCCAGCGGGAGCCCGACUUUUGCCGCCCUCUGCCUUAUGUUGCUCCCAAGCAGAGCAGCAGAUCCUGGGCUGGCUGGAGCCUCCGCCUGCUGGUCUGCUCGUGAUGCCCCCUGCCUCCCUUCGUGCCCUACUAGUGGCAGCCUCCCCUCCUGUCUUGCCCGCCUGGCUGCAGAGAGGAGCAGCAGCAGCAGCCGCUCCCGUGGACCCUCCACUCCCACCCUGGUAGCAGGAAGCCAGCAAGGGCACCAUCAGCGCCUGCACUCCUGUCUGUACUAACUGCCUGGCACAGCCAGGCCCAAGAUCAGGGCAAAGCAAACUGGCACAGAGGUGUUGCAGGGGCACUUGCCUGGGACCACGUCAGUGAGCAAAACUCUGUUCAGCGGAGGCUGCCUGAGCUACUCUCUUCCUCGGGCAGCUGUUCCUGCGGCCCACGUCCGUGUAGGAGAGAGAGGGCGACAAUUAUGCCUGAAGAGGUGGGACCUUUGCUGUCACUCCCAAAGUCAUCCAGCUGUGCAGGGGUAGUUCAGUUGUUUUUUUAAGAAAGUAACAAAAAAUAACAGCAGAAUCUUAUCUUUGCAGCUUUCCAAAAUGAACCCAUUAAAACGAAGUAUCUUUG